AUGGAUAAUCAAGUAUUUAGUAGUGUAUUUAGUAAUGUGGUGUUAAGAAAUCAUAUAUUUAAGAUGAUGAAACACAUUCAUUCCGAUGUUUACAAGUCAGUAGGAUACAAAUGGGAUAGCGUAAAGGAAACACCGACACUGCUUGCAACACACAACUACUUUGAAAUGCUAAAAGAUCUACUCUAUCAAAUGAUCAAUGCUAAAAAGAAAUGGUUUCAUUUUGCUAUCGGCGGUCAAUUGGAAAAGAAAGAUGUAGAGCUACUGAAUUCGACGCUUGCUGCCACCAUUGUAGCGGACCGCUUCGAAAUCUUUCAAUACAUACUCGAGCAGUAUAACAAUUUCGCUCUAAAGUCAUCGUCGACCAACCUCAUGGAGUUGGCUGUGAAACACGGUCGUUUGGAAAUGGCGAAAUACAUCGAUCAUUGGUACGACCCAAAGAGUCACAACACAUUCUUUAAAUACAAUCAGCUCGUUGUCUUGGCAGCGGACAGUCAGAACGUCGAACUUUUGAAAUGGAUUAUCACUGUAAAGAUCUUUUCUAUCUACUACUCCAAACCCGAGAUUAAAGAUGUGAUAUGGGCAGCAUUGAGAAAGUCAUUGAUGAAUGCGCGCUUCGAUAUGGUAAAAUACCUGAUGGGAUUGGCUGGCAAUUUCGAUAUCGACUUCCAGGAGAUUCACGACAAGCUGUUGGUGGCUGCCGCUGCCAGUGGUAACAUCCCUAUCAUAGAAUGGUUACAAACUAAAGGAUUUCUAAUGGAUGACCAAACAGAGUAUAGUAUGACCGCUGCCUAUCACGGACAUCUAGAACUUGUAAAGUAUCUCAUUAAGCACCGAUUGACUAAACUGACAACUCGUACCAUGGAUUACUCUACUGCCUCUGGCAAUUUGGAGCUAGUCAAGUGGCUCCACAAUAAUUGUACUCAAGGUUGUACUACUGUUGCUCUCGACACCGCGAUGGCAUUCAACCAACAAGAGAUUGUUCAAUGGUUGAAAAACAAUAGAACAGAAGGAAGUUCUCCAAUUGAAUCAGGUGUAUCAGCUUUACAAAUACAUCAUACUAAUUAG